GUAGGGGCAGGGCGGAUGGGAGGGGCGCACCGGAGAUCGCAAUCUGUUGAUUUCGUAUCGCCGCGAUUUGCCCUUUUUAAAGGCGGACUUAAUCCUUUCUCCCCGAGGCCGCCCCUCGGCCAAGCAGGAGUGAGUGAGAGCCAGAAUCAGGGCGCGAGUGCCUUCUCCUCCCUCUCCUCUUCCGCCUCCCCUCGACCUCCGCCUAGUUGGGCCGCUGACUCGUCCCCUUCCCCCUCCUCUCAACGCCACUUUUCUCCCGGUUCGCACCCCCUCUCCUCGCCCUCCGCACACCCGCGCCCGCCCCGUCCCAACUCCCCCCUCCCCCCGUCCCCCCACUACUCUGCUGACGCUAUCCGGCUGAUUGCUUUGGGCGAGGGGGGGGGAGAUGCGGAGGGGAGAAGAGAGAGGGAUGGGGAGGGGAGCGGGAAGGGAAGCAGGGGAAACUGCAGCAGCAGUGGGCUUUUAUCGCCAGCAACGUCUGCAGCAGUAAGAGGAGGAAAAGGGGGAGGCGGAGGGGGAGAAAGCGCAGUAGCAAGAGGGGAGAAAGGGCACCGGAAGAAGGGAGGGUGGGCUAGUGCGUUCGCUAAGAGCAGCUCCUUCUCACCCUUCGGGCCUCCAAAGCUGGUUACCACGGGUAAGAUGCACAGAAGAAGCUCCUCCCUGAGCACCUUCUCCUCUAUAACGGAGCAGUCUAUAGCGGAGCACUGUGUGUUGGCGCAAGGAAACGCAGAGGGGCAAAGGGGUGGGUCGGAUGUAGGGGAGGGGUGGGACGAUAGAAGAGGGGGGUUGCGAAUCGGGGAGGGGAACAGCCCAGAGGCUAGUGACGGGGGGUUCAUCACUAAGGCUGGAAGCUACAACAGCAUAAGUAGGACUCUUAACAAAGAGUCAGAUGGGACUGGAGAGGCGCAGAGGCAGGGCGCAGGUCGGUUUUGGGGCAGGUGGGAGAGGAAGAAAGGCGGAGAAACAGGGGCCAGAAGCGGGGAAGGAGGAGCGGAACGCACGGGAGGAGCGGAAGGCAGGGGGGGCGGGCUGGGUGGAGGCAGGUGGUCCUCAUCAGCAGCGGGAGCAGGGACGAGGGGAGGCGAGGGGACUAACAGAGGCGAGGGGUCUAGCAGAGGCCCUCCUGGGGAGGGGAGGGGAGGUUCCCAGUCCCGUGAGGGGAGCUUCAAAGAGUCCCUGAGAGGGCGGUUCAGCCCGCCUCGGCUGCAGCUGGUGGACCCGGCUCUGCCUGAUGGGUUUGGUGGGAUGGGAGAGGUGGGAGACAUGGGGGAGGGGGAGGAUGAGCCUCUGCUGCUGCCGCUGUCGCCGACAGGCAUGCCUGUUGCUGGGCUUCCUCCCCAGCAGCACCAGCACCAGCAGCAGCAGGCUUCGCACCUGUGUGAGCAUGCGUUGUGUGCAGGGGCGGUGCUUGGGAGGGAUGCUGCUGACAGCCUUGGCACUGGCAUCACAGCGACCUCCCUACCCGCAACCCCCACACAGAGAGAAGCGCCACUAGGAGGAGGGGGAGGAGAAGGAGCAGACGGGCCGUCCAAAGAACAAGCGCUCCUUUCGUCGUCCCUGUCGUCACUAUCAACCCGUAAACCCUGGGGCAUUAUAUCGCAGAGCGCCUGUGCUGCUGCUGAUGCUGCAGGUACUGAGGAGGAGGGGUCCAUCUCUCCGCCCCCCACCUUUUUGGCCUCUUUCUGGACCAUUCUGCCACUGCUUCCGCUCAACAAGUCUCGAGGUCGGGAAUGUUUAUGGGUAGCGCCGCUUCGGCUCUAUCUGCUGAUGCUGCUGCUGCCUCUGCUGCUGCUGGCCCGUCUGUUCCUCUGUCUCUCCACCUGAUCCCACCGCCAGGAGAAUCAGACAGCUUGGUCGACAGCCCGGCAGCUGGCCUUAGAGUCUCUGCAGCAGCCUCUUCAGGUGCUGCUGCUUCAGGUGCUGCUGCUUCAGGUGCCGCUGCUUCAGGUGGGGCAUCAGCUGUUGAUUCAGGUGCUCGUGAAUCAGGUGCUGAGUCGGGGAGAGGGAUAGGGUCAUGCACAAGCAGCACUGGCGAAUCAGGGAACAACAGCGUUGGAGCAGCACCAGGAUUGAUACCAGCAGCAGCAGCAGCAGCACCAGCAGCAGCUCCAGCAGCAGCAACAUCAGCAGCAGCAGCAGCAGCAACAGCAGUGGCAGCAGCAGAAAUUACUGUUCCCCGUUCUGUCUCCCGCUCUGCCCUUCGCCGCCCGUCUUCAGCACAAAGCCCGCUAGCCUCCAACAUGCGCCACCGCCGGGCGGCGUCAGAGGCCCGCGACUUCCUGCACGAGCUGGGGGCGCGCCGCCCGGCCUUCAUGAACAGUGCCGUGAAUAGUGGCUUGCGGGCGGCUCACCAUGGCAGGAGCGCGUCUGUAGCGGUCCUUUCAGGGGCGGUAGGCAACAGGCGCAUGGGAAUCGAGGAUGCAGCGAAGGGUGGUAAGGUUGCUGAUGGUGCUAGUGACAGUGAUAGCAUUGCUGCUGGUAGUGGGAGCGCUGGUUGGGAGAAGCUUCCAGGAAGCACCGGCAGUAGGGAUGAUGGCGGUGGUGGCACGAUCCAAGUGGCAACAGGACGGAGGACGCGGCUUGGGCGGCAUCGCUCGUCUGCUUCCUUGGAGAUGCCUCGCCGCCCGCUCACUGCUGAGGCGUGGCAGCAUGUGGGGGAGGUGGAUGAUGAGGUGGUAGGUCAGGAGCAGGUAUACCUGAUGCAGGUAGAACUGGAGCAGGCUCAGCUGCCUUGGGUUGAGACUGUACCAGGCCAGGAGCAACAGCAGCAACCGUGGCAGCAAAAGCAGCAGUAUCAGCAGCGCAAGAGCCAGCAGCAGCAGCAGCCAGAGCAGGAGUGGGAAGAACAGCAGCAGCAGGAACAGGCAGCGAGUGCAGGGUGGACGCAGAGUGUGGGAGAGAGCGAUUUGGAGGAGAGAGGUUUGCAGGGGCAAGCAGACGUGUGGGUGGCUGAGGAGGAAGAUGAGGAGGGAGAGGAGGGAGAGGAGGAGGGAGGGGAGGAGGGGCAAGAAGACAGGCUUGUUUUCAUGGACUAUUCAAGUGAGCUGGCUGCUUCUGAUGCCCGUGGAUGCAGUGGCAAGCCUUCCGAUGCACUUGCCGCUCGAUCCACGCCCCGUGAUAGCAACCCUCGGAACCCAUAUAUUCCAUACAUAAACAAUUACGUUCGAACAUAACAAAAAAAACACAGGAGUGUACUACGAUUGGACAGACGCUUAUCGC